UAGGAGUAAGCCAAGAAAACUGCUCCCAUCUCUUAAUCUUAGCUGAAGAAGCAAUGGCGAACCAAAGCGGGUCCAAAACUGCAGGAAAAGCUAUAAGAUGCAAAGCUGCAGUUUGCAGAAAUCCAGGAGAAGCACUCUUGAUAGAGGAAAUUGAGGUUGAUCCACCAAAGGCUUGGGAAAUUAGGAUAAAGAUUCUCUGCACUUCUCUUUGUCAUUCUGACAUUACCAUCUGGAAAAGCCCCACCGCACCAAUCGCAGCUUUUCCCAUAAUUUUCGGCCAUGAAGCUGUAGGAGUUGUUGAGAGUGUGGGGGAGCAUGUGGAGGAAGUUCAAGAAGGGGAUAUGGUGGUGCCAGUGUUUCAUCCGAAUUGCAGAGAAUGUAGGGACUGCAAGUCCCAUAAGGGGAAUGAUUGCUCCAUAUUUGGUUACCAACUGCCCACCAAUAUGCCAAGGGAUGCAACAAGUAGAUUCAAGAGCAUGAAUGGGGAGGAGUUGCACCAUUUCUUGUUUGUUUCCAGCUUCACCGAGUACACGGUGGUGGAUGUGGUUAAUGUUGUGAAAAUCCCAAAAGAAUUCCCGGUUGAUAAAGCCUGCCUGCUUAGCUGCGGAAUAUCCACCGGGAUAGGAGCAGCAUGGAAGGUGGCAGAUAUUGAAGAAGGCUCCACGGUCGAUUUUGGCCUGGGACCUGUUGGACUUGCGGUUGCAGAAGGGGCCAGAUUACGUGGAGCUUCAAAGAUCAUUGGUAUAGAUUUGAAUGAUGAAAAAUUUGAGAUGGGGAAAAGGUUUGGGGUCACUGAUUUUAUCAACCCCUCAGCAUGUGGAGACACAAAAGUCUGUGAGGUGAUUAAGGAAAUAACAGAUGGGGGUGCCGACUACUGCUUUGAGUGCAUUGGGUUGGCUUCACUAAUGGAAGAUGCUUUCAAUAGUACUAGAACGGGUUGGGGCAAGACAGUGAUAUUGGGAGUGGAGAAGCAUGCAACACCAUUAACUAUCGGCACACUUGCUCUUCUAAGAGGCAAAACUGUGACUGGCUCUUUCUUUGGAGGACUCAAACCCAAAUCUGACAUCCCAAUGCUUGCUCAAAAAUAUCUCAACAAGGAGCUUAAUCUGGAUGGAUUCAUAACACAUGAAAUGAGUUUAGAGGAGAUCAACAAAGCUUUUGAUUUACUGCUUCAAGGAAAAAGUCUCCGUUGUAUCAUACGGAUGGAGUAAAUGCUUUUGUUGUUU